UGUCGUCGAGACUCGGAGAGGAGUCCCUCUUAUCCGACUGUCCACUCGGAGUCGCGAUCCGCAGUGUAUUCUUUCUCGGCGUCGGAGGAGAGGUUGCUUCUUCUAUCGGCCGCCUUCGCGCGUGUAUCGGCUCCUGGGAAGGAGGAGCACCUGCGCUUAUCUGAGGGGCAAAAACCUCGCGUCCGCCUGCGCGUGGUCUCAGCUGUCUCCGGGUGACGCCAGCGCACGUGCUAGCGCCAUGAAGCCCCUGGAGCUCCUCUUCAACCGGCUGCACUGCCUGAUCAAGAUCGACGCCCGAAAUGAGGAGGCACCGCCGGACGUUCUCGCGGCGCGCAGCCGAGCAGCGGAGGAGGCGGCGAGUGCCGGCCCGGAGCACCCGGCGCCUCGGCAUGAGAUCAAGAAUUCGCUCGAGGCUGAGCGAGGCGAGGACGACUCGGGUGUUCGCGCAUACGAGCCGUGCGUAGCGCAGAUGCAGGAGGACGAGUUUCCGCCGCCUCCCCCGCCGGUCUCGUCGGGAGAGCAGCGGCGGCACGGGCCGUCAUCGCGCGGCAUGGACUCGGUCGAGUUCCGCCAGCGCGGCCGCGAGAUGGUCGAGUACAUCGCGCAGUACAUGGAGACCAUCGGCGACCGGCGCGUGACCCCGCAGUGCGAGCCGGGCUACCUCAAGGAGCUGCUGCCGGACAAGGCGCCCGAACAGCCCGAGGACUGGGACAAAAUCAUGGCCGACGUGGAGCGCUUCAUCAUGCCCGGAGUGACCCACUGGCAGCACCCCCACUUUCAUGCCUACUUCCCCGCUGGGAAUUCCUACCCUUCUAUCCUGGCGGACAUGCUCUCUGAUGGCAUCGGCUGCGUCGGGUUCUCCUGGGCAGCCAGCCCGGCUUGCACAGAACUGGAGGUGAUCAUGCUGGACUGGAUCGGAAAGAUGAUUAACCUUCCCGAAGAAUUUCUCUGCCUGUCAGGAAACAGCAGCGGAGGAGGUGUUAUUCAGUCAAGCGCAAGCGAGUGCAUUCUGAACACUCUGCUGGCAGCCAGGUACGCAACGAUCAAGAAACUCAAGGAGGAACAGCCUUUCGUCGAUGAGGGCGUGCUCCUCUCCAAGCUCAUGGCCUACUGCUCCAAGGAGGCCCACUCAUCGGUAGAGAAAGCAGCCAUGAUUGGAUUCGUGAAGCUUCGCAUUCUUGACACGGACGAGAACUUCAGCUUGCGCGGCUCAAUGCUUGCCGCCGCCAUGGAGGAAGACCGCAAAGCCGGAUUCGUCCCCUUUUUUGUGAGCGCAACUCUGGGAACGACGUCGUGCUGCUCCUUCGAUGCUCUGGCGGAGAUUGGUCCACUCUGUCAAAAAGAAGGCAUCUGGCUUCACGUGGACGCCGCCUACGCAGGAAGCGCUUUCAUCUGCCCCGAGUUCCAGUACCUGCACAAGGGACUCGAGUACGCGAUGUCUUUCAACAUAAACCCUAACAAAUGGAUGCUUGUGAACUUCGACUGCUCCCUGAUGUGGGUAAAGGACAGGUUCAAGUUGACGCAAGCUUUGGUUGUUGACCCGCUGUACCUACAGCAUAGCUAUUCAGAUAAGGCAAUUGAUUACAGGCACUGGGGCAUCCCCCUCAGUCGGAGGUUCCGGUCACUCAAACUAUGGUUCGUAGUGAGGAGGUACGGCAUCGCCGGACUACAGCACUACAUCCGAGAGCACGUUCGACUGGCAAAGAAAUUUGAGCUGCUGGUGCGGAGCGACUCCCGGUUCGAAGUGGUUAGUCAAGUGAUCUUCGGUCUCGUCUGCUUCCGGCUCAAGGGCUCGAACCAGCUGAACGAGAAGCUGUUGUCGAGCAUCAACGCGUCGGGCAAGCUGCACAUGGUGCCGGCGUCGCUCAACGACCGCUACGUGAUCCGCUUCUGCGUGUGCGCGCCCAACGCGUGUGACGCGGACAUCGUCUACGCCUGGCACAUCGUGAGCCAGUUCACCACCGAGCUGCUGCAGCUGCUCGGCCACGAGACCGACAAGAAAGAAGAGGAGAAGGAGGCCAAGAUAUGCGAGGAGUCGGCGGACGAGGUGUUCGUGCUGGAGCGGAAGCAGCACAGCCUGCGCUACCGGCGCAGCUUCUUCGUGCGCAUGGUGUCCGACCCGAAGCUGUACAACCCCAAGAUCGUGCGCGCCCUGUCCGGCUCGACGAGCAGCGAACCGCAGCAGCGGGGCCAGCCCAGCGAGUCCUCGGGCGAGUCGCCCACGUACACGGGCGAAGUGGUCACCCCGCUCUAGGCGCCGCCGUCGCCCAUGCCGCCAGCGCACCAGCACGCCUGCAGCCACCGCCGCGAGCGUCUUCGAACGAGCAGCUCCGCCGGAAACGCGUGUCACUGUCGUUCGCUGUGCUCGGAACAGCUCCCCGAGUAGAGAGCCCGAAGGGGAUCGAGUGAGCAUUGAGCGUAACGGGGGAGCAUGCUACAAGUAUUUGCGCUUCGUGUCUGCGCGUCUUACCAUUUACGGAAUACUGGACAGGUUGACGGAUGCAAGCCAUUGAUCUGUACCAUGUUCAGAUCAGUGGGUACAACCUGAAGCAUACACACUAGUAUUGCAGCUGCUCUGGUUACGACAUCUUGCAACGCAUGUGUUCAACCUCAACACGAAAUGUUUUUUCGGGUUGCCUGAGUGUUCUCGUUGAAGUAAAAAGAGCCCAUUUAUAUAUAUAUGCGUGGAUAUUACGUUCCUGCCAACGCCUUUAUGUCAGCAGAUAAGCAAACGGAGUCGGCCAUGGCAGUAGACGUUAUGCGUGCUCUGGUUGAAUUCAGCGUCACAAUGUGUCGCAGCCAGCGGCGCUGGUCGCGUCUGUGUCCCGGGUAUUUGCAAACGGUAAUACGUAAAUGAAUGGGCAAAAUUUCAUUAGUGUUUUAGCAUAACGAAUUAACGCGUGUUGUCGUAAACGUACAUAGGAAGGCAUAGACCGGAGCAAGGGUAAGGUGCGGCGUCUCGGUGACAAUGACUGAAUGCAUUCCACUUUUCCGUGGCGAAAACAUAUCGGCAGCGAAAGGCUUAUCAUCGCGAAUCUACUUUUGUACAUUUUCUUUUUCAGUGAGAAGAUCGAUGGGACGAGAGAACUUUUUCCAGAGCGUUUUGGUUCAUCGCGGCGUCAAAUGAUGCUGUGAUCAAACAAACGCGCAUGUCUACGCUAUAGCACGUGGCUUCGCGAUGCUAUAAAGUAGCUAAAGCUUUGAGCCCCCAUAUUCACAAAAAUUAUCUUUCUUAAGUGCCUUCUGAAAUUGUCCAUCAGCGUGGCGGUCGUUUCAUUAUCAAGCCGAUCGCUAUGAUGAACGGCGAGGGUCGGAAUGCGUGAAAAUGAGGAAGCCCUCUUACGAAAGAAGUUUUGUGAAUACAGGCCCCAAGUUGCGAUAUGCGCUACGACCCUUUUAUGCUUCAGCGCAUCAGGCCUACAGAGGUCUCAGGUUCAGUAGCACAUUCGGCACUUAUAGAUGGCGGAAUUCGUUGGGAUGGUGCUAUGGACCACCGUGCUAUGCACACAUAGUCCUAAUGGCUAAUUUGCAGGUCGUGAUUAUAGGUCCCGUGUGCAUAAAGAGAGGAAAUUUUAAGGGUAUACACGAACUGGGGCUGCUAAAUGUUUUGCCUCAUAUUGAGCGUCCCAUGUUGCAGACUACAGUCGCAUAGCGGACGUAUUGUAUAGAAAGCGGAUGCAGUAAAUGUCGGUUGUCCAGUCACGACCAAUGCAUGCACACCGACGUGGCUUGUUCGUGAAGGUGUGGCAAUUAAUCGGGACCGUCCCCCUUGUGAACACCAUGCACAGGGUGGACGCGCUGUCGUAACUGUGGGAGUGUGGCCAUGGUAUGAACCUUACAGAUUGUAAGACUCGGGUUAUUGCAGUAACUUCUCUAAGAAUUGACGCCAUCGCACAUAUUGGCCAAUAAGGAGUCGCAUAAUGACACGUUCGCUACGUCAGUGACGUACAAUGCUACGGCAAUAUCAGACUGUAGUCUGAGAGUAUAAACUGCUCGCGGGUAUCAUAGCUAAAGGUGUGCGCGAGUACGCACACAAAUGACGUCAUACGUUGGAGAACAAAACGAUGUGGCACGGACGCAGAGAAGAUGGAACGUGUGUUACCACAGAGAAAGAGAGUAUAGGGGCUCGUGCACGUUCGCUCGCAGAGACUCGCGUGUCAGUGCUUGCUACGAAAUUUGCGCAUGCUGACAUAUUUAGGACUGUAUAAUGAAAAUAGCUUUCGGUUGCAUCGAGAACGAUACAAUGGAUGCGGUAAUGAAUGCGUCGAACUGGGACGCUCUCGUGUCGCUUAUAACAAGCUUAUAACAGAGCUUUAGCGCUCUUAUAAUACAACGUCAGCACUUACAUGGUGUAACUGCUUCGGUGAAACGAUGAUAUUUAUGUCACUUUACUGUCGGCAAAAAAAAAAAGAAAAUAAGGAGGGGGAGGAAUAAACGUUUAAUUUCGAAACAGUAUCCCGGGUGGGAUACUCUAGGUGGGAGGUCUCCUCAUUCCAGGAACCCUCUGGCCUUCCCUGCCUCCUUGGCCCUGGCGACGAGGCGUCGUUGUUGUUUCAGGUCCUCGGAGACGAGUUGGUCAUGGCCUCCCACGUUUCGAUGAGGUCUUCGCUUUCUGGUCUGGCGUUACAGUCUUUUGGUGAGGGCGAUGCGUCUGUGUUUAGGUGCCAUGGGCACUCAAGGAUCAAGUGCGCCAAGGUGUCCGGUACGCCGCCCGUUGGACAGAGAUGUCCUUGUAGUGUCGGGUAGAUUCUAUGCAUGGGUACGCUGAAACGACAAAGAAAUUUCGGUGUGUUUCGUCCUGGUAUAUAAUAGAGAUAGGUAAAUAGAACCAACCUUGAAGUUCCCUUUCCAUCGAUCACUCAAGCUGUUGCAAAUUUGUCUUUAUGGUUAAGCAAUUUCAUACUAGCGCGAUCAACAAAGUCCUUAAACAAGAGCGUUAUUCCUGCACUAUUACAAUACAUUGGGAUGCGGCCGUGGUGUGGGCAAAUCUUUAUCAGCCUAAACUUCGAACGACUCAGAAGGAAGUGCACGAAAACGGAGCUGCUGCAUGCAACUUCAAUGAGCGUGCACAGUCUUGUUAAUGAAUCUCGCGUAGCGCUAGGUAUACGAGUGAAAUAUGAUUAAUCUUAGGCCAUAUGGCUUUGUGAUUAUUUCACUUCCAACUAAUUUAUUACGGGGAGCUGAAGAGAUAUUCAAGAAAACUGAGCUGGACAUAGCCAGUGACCGCCCACUGUCUGCCUUUACGCGCGUCGUCCUAGUACAAUAACCUAACGUUCGAGUUGCAAAAGAGCUUACAAGCGCGACGAAACUGAAGGAAAUCGUGCGUUCUAAUAGGACACUUUCUUUUGGCUGUUCCAGAACCAUGUCCUCCUUGGGGAUAUCGAAUGCUCACCCAAUUCUGUUGGCCAGUGACCCUUUCCGUUACCGCCUAUCGUACGUGUCCGCUGACCCGGAUCAGGGGCGCGACAUAUACAGGGUGUUUCUGCGAACACUUUCAAAAAUUCUUAGAGGUUG